UCCUCGAAAAAAUAUCACAUGACGAGAUUUCAAAAGAGAGCACAACCGAACUAGCAACCUAAAACAGGAGAAAAUCGAAGAAAAGUACCUUUUCUGAGCAUAAAUUGUCCCCAUAUUCUAUCUGGAUUAAGUAAAUUACACGAGUCAUUACCAUAUAUUCAAACGGAUCAACGUUUAUAAUAUAGAAAUUCGUUACAGACUAGAAGGAACUCGUGAAAUGGUUUCUACGGAUUUGUCAAACAUGAGACGAUAACCAUGUUCUGAUUCAUUGAAGGGCUGUACUUUUCCCUUUCACGAGGACCUCUUGAGUCCUAAACAGACACAACAAUGACUUCGAAGUCGGGGAUCACGGACAGAAUUGACCCAUUUGUGAAUAAAGCUUCAAUUAAGUCAAAGAAGCAAAAAAGAUCUCAGGGUUCAUCUCAUUACAGAACUAAAAAUGCUCCAGAAUUGCAAGCAUUACCUCAUUUGAAAGAUACAGCUCCGGCUGAACAACAAGAAUUGUUUAUAAAGAAACUGCAGCAAUGUUGUGCGGUGUUCGACUUUAUGGACCCUGUCUCGGACCUGAAGAGCAAGGAGGUGAAACGAGCUUGUCUAAAUGAGCUAGUAGACUAUAUCACAGCAACAAGGGGGGUUCUAGCUGAACCAGUAUACCCAGAGAUUGUCAGAAUG